AUGACAGCCGGGACCGUGGUCAUCACAGGUGGAAUAUUAGCGACUGUCAUUCUACUCUGUAUCAUCGCCGUCCUCUGCUACUGUAGGCUCCAGUACUACUGCUGCAAGAAGGAUGAAUCCGAGGAGGACGAGGAGGAGCCCGACUUCGCCGUGCACUCCCACAUCCCUCCGCUGCACUGCAACCGCAACGUAGUGCUGACCAACGGCCCCUCCAUCUACUCCUCAUCCCCCUUCGCCAAAAAAGCAGCCCAGAGCCGGCCCAGCUGCCCCAGCUGCACUCCCUAUGAGCCCCCAACCUCUUUCCUUCAAGAGCCCCCAGAGCCCCCCGAGGAUCUGCACAACGGGGGUGACAGGGUGAGCUACAAGACGGUGAGCCAGGAGGAUUUGGCACUGCCUGUGUCCAACCUGCAGGCUCUCAACCCCAACCGGCUCUCGGCCAUGCGGGAAGCGUUCUCCCGCAGCCGCAGCAUCAGCACCGAUGUGUGA